AUGAAACGAGGAGUGAUUGAGACGUUGGCAUGUACGGGUGAAGAAGCUGCUGAUCGUGGAUUGGAAGAGAAACGUAUGAGACAAAAUUAUUUGACAGAUAGAUUAUAUUUUAACAAGGUUGUAGGUCUCGAGGAGCAGUACAAUGUUAAUGCUUUUUCGCUUGCGGAAUUGUUGGAACUUAUCUCACCUGUGGCAUCAAUUCAUUUCAAUUUCAUGGUUGAUCUUCGUUGGCUACUUAUGCAGUAUCCAGGCCGAUUACGACAAGGACCAAUUACAUUAAUUGUGGGCGAAAGAAUGGGAACUGACUUUACAUUGACUAAAACUGCAGUAAAGCGAUGUGGAGUAAAUAAUGUCAAUGUUGGACGAGCACGCCUAAUGAUACCGUUUGGGACGCAUCAUUCCAAAAUUUCCAUUUUUGAAAGCAGUACGGGGAGAGUGCAUAUUAUCAUUGCAACUGCUAACUUGUUGGAAAACGAUUGGAACUUCAAAACUCAAGCUUUCUAUCACUGUAGUGGAAGUGAACUAGCUAUCGGUGAUAGUUCCAACCGAAAUGGAUCAGAUUUCCAAACUGAUUUAGUAAAAUACUUGAACGAGUAUAAAACAAGUCAAGAUUGGGGUCUUAUCGAACACUGGCGGGAUCGCGUUGCUAACAUUGACUUAUCCCAUGUCAAGGCACGAAUUAUUUACUCUGUACCAGGAGCUCAUAAAGGCGUUCAACUAACGAAAUAUGGUCACCCAAGAUUGCGCGUAGUGCUGAAGGAAUUGUUCGGAGAUGUAAAGAUGGAUGAUUUCACUUACCAUGCUCAGUUCAGCUCAUUUGGUAGUCUUGGAGCAGCACCACAGUAUUGGCUUACGGGACAGUUUUUAAAUAGUCUUUCUGGUGGAACGGAAACAGAUGGCGGACACUUGCGAAUUAUCUAUCCGUGCGUGGAAGAUGUCCGUACUUCUAUUGAAGGAUACGAAGCAGGUGGCUCACUUCCUUACAGUAAUAGUGUAGCAGCAAAACAGCCAUAUUUGGUAAAUUUCAUGCACAAGUGGCGCAGCGAUCAUCUGGGGCGUUCUCAUGCCAUGCCACACAUCAAGACAUAUGCGGGUUUUGCUAAGAACUCUCUAAAACCAUCUUGGUUGCUUGUUACAAGUGCCAACCUUUCUAAGGCGGCUUGGGGUGAUUACCAAUUGAAAAAAACACAAUUAACUAUUCGAUCAUAUGAAUUUGGCUUGUUAUUCACUGACUCCGAAUCCUUGGAUAUGUUGCCAUAUGAUUUACCUUUGACAAAGUACGGUGACGACGACCGUGUAUGGAUAGUAGAUAAGACAUACAGGAAGCCAGACGUAUUGCGCAAAACCUGGCCUAUGGCGAAAUCAGGGAGGUGUGUUCUAUCGUUUGGUGAUACUGUACUGUAUGAGGCUGAUCUGAAAGCAUUGGAAAAUGGACGAUGGCUUAGUGACCCCGUUAUUUCAUUCGCAUUCGAAUAUCUCCACAAAAGAACGUUGGAUGAAACAAAAAAAAGCAAAAUUACUUUUGUAAAUGCAGCAGUAUGUCAGUUAAUUAAAUUAACCAGACCAAAUGAAGUGGCAGAGCUUCUCGAUGAGCUUACACUUAAAGAAAAAGAGCAUGUCAUUUUUGUUGUGAAUGAUCAUGACGAUCCGUCAAGAAGCGGUGGAAGUCACUGGUCAUUGCUUAUAUGUCGCCGGUAUCUUCGGCCUCACUUUUUGAUCAUUGAUAGUGCGCAGGGAACAGAUUCAGCGAAUCGAAAGCCAACAGAUAAGCUGAUUCAAACACUAGCAAAAUAUUUCGGACUUCCAGUAGAUACACGUAUCGAACGAGCCACAAAGCAGUAUAAUGGCAUGGACUGUGGAAUGUUUGUUAUAGAAUUCACUCGACAUUAUGUCGAGAGUUUGAAACGGAAUGAAUUCAGCGUUGAUUUCACCCAGCUGAACGCAGAUGAUGUUAAAAAACAGCGGAAAGUGUGGGGUUCAUUGAUUCGUUCACUGGCGGAAGAAUAG